AUGGCUCUAUACAUCGUCUUCGGCACACGCAACAAACACCGUUCGUCCUAUCGACUUUCUGGACAGGAAGCGCCUACCAUCGAUGUCUGCAUAACAUGCUGCGGAGAAAAGCUCGACGUCAUCAUGGAUACAGUUGCGGGUGCCGCCAUGCAGGACUACCCCUCGGCGAGCUUUCGCGUCUUUGUACUCGACGACGGCGGAAAUGCAGCGCUGAAAGAUGCCGUUAGCGACUAUAACCGCUUGCAUGGCACAUCGGUUGAAUACCUUGCAAGGACUAAGUUGAAAGGCGAGUCUCACUUCUACAAAGCGGGAAACCUUCGCUUCGGGCUGGAGACGACAGAGAAUUUUGGCAAGGGCUCCGAAUACUUUGCCAGUCUGGAUGUCGACAUGAUAGCGGAGCCUGACUGGCUUCGCCGAGUUGUGCCGCAUCUUAUUCUCGAUUCCGGUAUGGCUUUGGCAUGCCCAGCACAGUGGCAUUACAACAUUCCCAACCCAGACCUGCUCGGUCAGGCCGGCCCGGCAUCCAUGGAAAUUUUCGAACCGAUGCACGACAACAUUGGCCUCUCGCAUUGUUUUGGCUCGGGUUAUAUUGUCAGGCGCAGCGCGCUCAAGCAAGUUGGAGGGUGGCCCAGAGUGCCAGUCGGCGAGGAUAUCUUUUGCUCCUACAUGCUGGCUGGACAUGGAUGGGGUAUCGCCUUUGUAAAGGAGUUCGUACAAUACGGUCUUACCGCAGGAUCUUUUGAAGCACUCAGCAGACAGAGGAUGCGCUGGAUCAACAAUGCCAUGAUCUACUGGAAGGUAGGGCGGCAGACGGAAAGCCGGUUUUGGGCAGCGCCUUGGACCACAGCAAGAAUGAUAUACCUGGCGCUACCGCAGACUAUCGUUUCUUUUACAGCCACAGGAACAGUUCAAUCGGCAGUCAACGAGCGUCAGGCCCGCCUGCGCAAAGGACUCGCGACCCGAAUGCUGUCAUGGACGAUGUUGGCGUACUUUGUUUACACCAUGUCUGCCCUGGCGGCCCUGGGAUCGGUCCUGAUAAACAAGCCGGGUAGAGGCGGGCAAGGUACAGGCGCGGCACUACGUCUGGUAGAGUGUGUCUACAAAGUGUCGGUGCCGCUCCGGUACAUGACAUCCCCGCCCACCGUUGCGGAGCGACGAGAACUCAUGGAGCAGGAUGAGUUGGGCGUAUACCGACCGAAGGAGAAAUAUACCAUGAAGGCGCACGUUGCUCGCGAAAUCCCAACACACAAUGCCGGAAAUCACGAAUCUGAGAUGUCACGGCGCAGAUGGGCUGCACUACUCGGCCCGCACCUGGCACACGCCUUGAAUGCCAGCGAGUCGUAUACAACCAGCGACAUCAAUGGCCACCUUGCCUUCUUCAACGACCACGUCUGUUCCUGGCUUGGACAAGGGCCGCCGAGCCCACUGCGCCCUGCUUUUCCGUCGGCGUUAACAUGCGAUGCGACACCGCUGGAAUUAAGCUACAGCUGGAAUGGCACCACGUCGGUUGCGGUCCGCUAUGUCGUCGAUGUGGUUGCGCCAGACAAGACUCUGACUCGUUUGGCGUCUCUCUCCGCCGCCCGUCUGGCGAUUGACAGGUUGACGCGUGCGGGAAGCGGCUCCGGGGCGUACCGUAUCGACAUGCUACCGGACGUGUGGGUGGCGGUGACGGCGCGCCUCGCCUACUGGGAGCACACCGUUCACCCGGCCCUCGCAUGCGACUUAUGCAGCCCUUCGUCAACGUUCAUCGGCUUUGACCUUGCUGCUUCAUGCGCACGCGGCAAGCUGUAUUGGCUACUACCUUCCUGUCUCUCUCCCCAAGGCCUGCUGGACCUCUUGGACGACGUCUUCGCGCUGUUGCCAUCCGACAUCGUCGCUCACUGGCGUCACGUGCGCCACUACCUAAGCUCGCAUGGCGCCAGCGAGUUGAGGCCGCGCAUGCUCUCGAUUGAUGCUUCGCACUACCCUGCUCCGCGCAUCAAGCUAUACAGCCGCUGUUAUUUCAACUCGCACGCCUCCUUCUCCGCUAUAGAAGUCCUCCUCACUAUGGGCGGGGCCAUUCCGCUCCCCCCACACAGCCACUACGCGACCCUGUGGGCCCGUCUGCAGGCCAGGUACCGAUCAGAUCCGCCACAGUCGCGCUACUGCAUGGUUGUGUACGACAUAUUACCCUUGCAGCUCAGGAGUAAGCUCUACUGGUUUGCUCACCAGAUGCCCUGCGGCGACGGCCUCGUCAUCAACGACAUCCUCGCCGACUUCGCCCAGCCCACUGACCUACUUCGACGCCAACUCCGCGCUGGCCAUCUGUCCGAAGAGUCCAACUUCAUACGGGAAAUUGGUCUGGCUCAACGAGACGGCGCUUUCGACAUUGCCACUUACAUUAGCCCUGCUUUGUUUUCCUCGUAG